GACCCUUAACACCUGUAAGAAGAGGAACCAGCAUGUGGUCCUCCACAGUCUCGGCUGCCUGCGUGGUGAUGAUGAUGAUGAUGACGAUGACGAAGGCCGUGGCCAUGCCAAAAGGAGCCGGCCAAUCAAGACACUCAGCGAGGACACACAGGAAGUCCUCCGACGGCGUGGUGGUAGAAACGGUCCCCCUGCAGCUGGACCCCAGCGCGUUGGUUCCCCCCAGACAUGCCAGACCUCUGCAGAACAUCUCCGUCUCCCCCUGGACCUACAACGUCUCCCAUGACUCCGCCCUGUUCCCUCCAGUUUUAUCGGAGGCCCGCUGUUUGCUGCGCGGCUGUCUGGACUCCGAGGGCCUGGAGGACCUGAGCCUGGAGUCCAGACCCAUCAUGCACCAGGUGCUGCUGCUGCGCCGGGUCAAGUCAGCGGGGGCGGGAUCAGGGGCGGGGCACCGCUACCACUACCGGCUGGAGUCCCGCCUCCUCGCUGUGGGCUGCACCUGCAUCCGACCCGUGGUCCGACGUCAAGACUGAAGACCAGCAGAGACCAGGACCAGCUGCUCGAAAACUGGACUGACUCCAACUUAUUAUGGGAUGUGUGAUCAAAUCUAUUUGUGAUGUCAGUUGAUUUAAAGUAACUAUUUAAGAUUUCA